AUGAUUAGAUCAAUACGUUUUUACUCCAAAGUAAUUGAUCUUAAAAAGGAAGGAAAAACUGCAGCAAAGAUCUUGAAGUCGGAAUACAAAUCACUCAAGGAUCACUAUGAGGCGCCGAAAUACCCAAUUGUUCUAUGUCACGGGUUUUCCGGAUUUGACCGUUUAUCAUUAUUGCCAAUUCCCAAAGAGGUAGGCCAUCAAAUUGACAAGGCCAAGGAAUAUGCACCUAGAGGGCUCAUUGAAUUGGAUUACUGGUAUGGAAUCAAAGAGGCACUUGAAAAGUUGGGAUCCACGGUAUUCAUAGCUAAAGUUCCAGCAUUCGGCGAUAUUAAGAGCAGAGCCGUAAGUCUAGAUAAAUUCAUCAACAAAGAAUGUAAGAGUCUACGACAAAACGAGUCCAAAUCUUCAAUAUACAACGAUCUGAACCACGAUCCAACAACUUUUGAAAACAAGAACGAACCAAUUAAAGUCAACCUAAUCAGCCAUUCGAUGGGCGGUUUGGAUAGUAGAUACUUGAUCUCCAAGAUACACAAAGAGAAUGAGAACUAUAAGGUGGCGUCACUUACGACAAUUUCGACUCCACACCAUGGCUCAGAAUGUGCUGAUUUUAUUGUGGAUUUAAUUGGCAACAAUCAGAUAUUAAAAAAUGUAUGUCCACAGUCUAUUUUUGAUUUGACAACGUCAAAUAUGAAGAAAUUCAAUCAAUCAGUAAAAGAUGACCCCAAUGUCCAAUAUUUUUCGUUUGGUGCCAGAUUCAAUCCUCGGUGGUAUAAUUUGUUCAGCUUGACAUGGUUAGUAAUGAAGUAUGAAAUCAAAAAGGAUAAAGCUCGCGAGUUGCGCCGUCUAAUUGACAAUGACGGUCUUGUGAGUGUGGAAAGCUCAAAAUGGGGACAGUACAUAGGUACUUUAGAUGAGGUCGACCAUUUAGAUUUGAUCAAUUGGACAAACAAAGCCCGGAGCACUUUUGAUAAAGUGAUGUUUGCCCAAGAUCCUACAUUCAACCCCAUUGCAUUGUAUUUAGAUAUUGCUGAUAAAUUAGCUGAAAAGGGAUUAUAA